AUGCCCGAGAAGGCUGAGGACUUUGUCCGUCAGGGAAUCGAGUACCAUGAGGUUGGAGAUAUCGGAAAGGCGACAACUUUCUUCCGGACUGCCGCAGAGCUGGGCGACCCUGUAGGGAUGCUGAUGUACGGGUUGAGUGUACGGCACGGAUGGGGCUGUCCGGCGAAUCGACAGCUCGCAUUCCAGUAUCUUCAAAAGAGUGCAGAACAUGCGGUUGGGGAUCUCAAGUCGAGGGAUUCGUUUGCGAGCACGGCGGCCAAGGGUGAGUUGGUGCUGGCGAUCUAUGAGCUCGGAAUCUGUUUCCGACAUGGAUGGGGAGCUGACAAGAACAAAAAGACUGCGGCCUAUUACUUUGAGAUCGCAGCGAACUUGGGCGAUCCCGACGCACAGAACGAUCUGGCAUGGUGCUAUUACCAUGGUGUGGGCGUCAAGAAGGACAUGUACAAGGCCGCAAAGUACUACCGCCUGGCUGCGGCUCAGGGGUUGAACACUGUAGGCAAUUCAUGGAUCUGGAAGGACAAGUAUGGAGGCAUGCCUACAAGUCCAACAGCCGAGAAGUUUUAA